CACAUGGAGAAGAGAGGCUGAACAUUUCUCCUGACUGAUGAAUCCCUUGUUCUAACAAUUUACUUUGUGCUCUCGUCAGGGUGCUUCAUACCUGUUGAAAAGAGACUUUUUUAACCAUCUGUUAAGAUUUUCUGAUGUUACUUUUUAAUGAAACUGGAUUGAUUCAGGAGUAAGAGAGCAAAGAGAAGUCUCAUCUUUUAGCCACAGGACGCCAAGGAUUUUUUUUUUUAUCAUUUCUCUUGUUUGACUCUUGCCACCUUGAGCUGCCUUUCUUUUUUUGCCUGCAGCUGCAGAAAUAUAAUAUAAGGAGAUUGCUUCUAUAACAAUAUGAUCUUUUCUACGGUGCCUUUGAAGGUUUCUUUAGCCAAGCAGCAGACGUAUGUGUCCCCCUCCAACCAUCAGAUGGCUCCUCCAAGCCCCAACAACAACAACAAUAGCAACUCCACUACCAACUCCAUUAGCAAUGGCAGCAACAGCAGUGGGGGAGAGCAGCUGAGCAAAACCAACCUGUACAUCCGUGGCCUCCACCCAGGGACCACAGACCAGGAUCUGGUCAAACUCUGUCAGCCGUAUGGGAAAAUCGUAUCCACCAAGGCUAUCCUGGACAAGACUACCAACAAGUGCAAAGGCUAUGGCUUUGUUGACUUUGACAGUCCGGCCUCAGCUCAGAAGGCAGUGACGGCAUUGAAGGCGGGUGGAGUGCAGGCUCAAAUGGCCAAGCAACAGGAGCAGGAUCCCACCAACUUAUACAUCUCAAACCUGCCUCUGUCCAUGGACGAGCAGGAGCUGGAGAACAUGCUGAAGCCCUUCAGCCAGGCCAUUUCCACUCGCAUCCUCCGUGACGCCAACGGGACAAGCCGAGGAGUGGGCUUUGCCAGGAUGGAGUCAACAGAGAAAUGUGAAGCCAUCAUCCAACAUUUCAAUGGAAAAUAUAUCAAAACUCCACCUGGAGUUCCAGUGCCAUCUGAGCCCUUGUUGUGUAAAUUUGCUGAUGGAGGCCAGAAGAAGCGUCAGAGCCAAGGAAAAUAUCUGCAGAACGGCCGGCCCUGGACGAGAGAUGGGGAAACUGGAGGAAUGACCCUCACCUAUGACCCCACCACGGCCUUACAGAAUGGGUUCUACUCCUCCCCUUACAGCAUUGCCCCCAACCGAAUGAUUGGGCCGACUUCCCUCUCCCCAUACAUGCAUUCACCUGUGUCCACCUACCAGGUACACAACCCAUCCUGGUUACAUCAUCAGUCGUACAUCAUGCCACCCACAGGAGCAGUCCUGACACCAGGAAUGGACCACACCAUGUCCAUCCAGCCGACCUCGAUGAUGGGGCCUCUAACACAGCAGCUCAGCCACCUCUCCAUGGGCAGCAGUGGCACAUAUAUGCCUGCAAACACAUCUAUGCAGGGGACCUACAUCCCCCAGUACACCCAAGUGCCUGCCACCAACAUCUCAGUUGAGGAAAGUGCCGUCCAACAAUCCGUUGCCAUAGAGACACCCACAGAACACACAACCUACUCCUACCAGCAUAACAAGUGAAGAGGUGGCAGAGAGCUUCCUCUGGAGCCGGAGUGACUCUCAAGAGGCCCAAGUACUGAAACUUGGCACAGUGACUCUGCACGUAAGGCACCAGACACUCGGGAGAAACAUGGACUGUUACAAAGAAAAAGAAAAAAAAAAAGAUAUUUUCUACAAACUCAUAUUUUAAAACAAACUCUUUUACUCCAAGCAAGCAAGGCUGGAGGAUGGCAGGCAAUGGGAAGAUGGAAGAACAGAAUAAGGAGCAUCUAUUUUGAUAACAGUCAAGAAAAAAAAAGUCACACACAAACACACACACUACAUGUGUAAGAGAGUUUUUUUUUUUUUGCGUUAUUCAUAUUCUUUUCUUAUACUACUCUGGGGAGCCAGAAUGAAACCAGGAAAAGAACAUUUCAACACCAUGUUUUAUUUUGAGUCAUGUUUUGUUUUGACGUUUGUAAGAUAUGCUGAAUUUACUUCACUUUUUUUUUGUCUGAUACUUUUGGGCUUUGAACCUGCCUUUUUGUACAUACGUCUUUGUUUUGGUGUGUUUCUAUUUUCAUGUGUCCUAUUUUGAUUGAUUGGUGCAAAUAUUUGAAUACAGAAGGCUAAACAAAGAAAAAAAAAUCUAACUGAAGUCAUUUAAAAAGCUGAUGACAGAUAUGGUGCUGACUUGGAUUAGCUUCUCUCGAAGUGGCAGCAAGUUUAUCAGGUAUGAAACCUUACCUGAAGUGGUAACACUUCUUUUUGGCACUUGACUCUCAAAUAAUUUAUAGUUUCAACAAUCUCAACAAAGCUUCAGACAAUCAGAAGAGAAAUUUUUAGAAAUGAUGGUCAUUAAUGACAUACUUCACAGAGAGGACUUCUUUAAAAGAGCUAAACAGAUUCCAGAGCAUUCCAGAGAUUAUUAACAGAAAAUAUUGGUUCGCUUUGAGCUGCUCCACUUGAAAUCCAAAGUUGCUUAACAGGGAUCACAUCUCAUACAGAGCUACCUGUAAAUAAGAGAUUUAAAUUUAUAUAGGCUUUCUUUUGAUUUCCUUUCAUCGGUGUAGUAAUGCUUCAGUUAUUUUAGUAACAACAUGAUACCAAAUUGUACCAGACAUAGCAACCUAUGUUUUGCUGUAUUUUCUGUUUUUCUCCCUCAUGUCCCUUUUAUAAAAGGUGAAUCUCCUCUGAAUUCCAAAACUGUAUUUUCCGAAGCAAGCAUUAGAUGUUGUUAUUAGAAAAUGAAGUCAUUAUUACAUUGAGAUGGAGAUCAACUGGUAAAGCGUGGCUCUGUCCUGUUAUAUCUUCAGAAAACACUAUUAAGAUGGAUUAUUAUGACCAGUGUAGAGAUGCUCUAAUACUGGCCAUUGCUGUGUCUUGACAUCUAUUUCUGUUUUUCACCCUCAUUUUUUUAUUUAAAGGUUUUCUUAAGUUUUUUUGUUUGUUUUUUAUUCAGUUUGAAUACUUUUAAGAUUGAUCUUAUUUUUCAAAGAAGCUUUGAUUUUAUUUUUGAUAGUGUGUUGUGUGCUUCAAAUAGUGAGUAAUAGAUGUUUUCAACUUCUCUCUGUCUCUCUCUCUAUAUAUAUAUAUAUUCUUUUUUUUUUAAAUAGUGAUUUGUUUGUGUGUUUGCAUACUUUUCUCAUUCUGGUUUCAGUGUUGAUGUCAAAGAGGCUUUAAUGUUUUUUUACAGACAUGUCAGUUCUGUCUGUGUCACAAAUGUCGGCGCUUUAUGAUCAUGGAUGAAUCAUGUAUGCUAGGUUCAGAAGCAUUGUUACAAAGUUGUGCUCCAAGUAGUUGGGAACAAAGAGAAAUAUAUGUUGAAAACCUUGACUUACCUCAUCCUGCCAGAGCAAUGUAGAUUCAGUUUGUGUACAAGGUUCACAGGCAAUAACCAACUACAGUAGGUCUCAUGGCUGUUCACAGCUGGUACUGUGUCCACAUCCUUUAACUCUUCCGUCCAAUGUUCGGAAAAAACAUGCCCAAGGUCUGAUGAUCUAUGCAAUUAAUUUAUUAUCCUUAUAAAUGCAAUACUACAGAUACGUAAGAGACACCUCACAUUUUGACAAUGGAUCACCUCACAAUAUAUGACUUAAUAUUUUGGCUCACAUUGCUUUUUUGUUUUAUUACACAUACGUUGAGAUUUGUUUCGUUUCUGAUUGAAACAUUCAUCUUUGGUUCAUUAAUUGCUAGGAAAAUUGCUGCAUUAAAAGGGAACUCUUUCAUACCAAAAUGUGGUUGUUAAUAUGACUGUAGGAAAUGUAGGAACUCUAAAAAUAAACUAUGGCAGGCGUGCUUAAUGUGAUAAAGGUGGAUUACCCACUCGUCUACCCAACUUUUAUUUUAAUAUGGACACCAUAAAGGUUGUGUUGAAUCUCCAUUCCAUCCAGUUGCAAUUUUUAUUGUCAUGGUUUUGUGUGUCCCCUCUAGUCCUGUUUGUUAACUUGCUUUCUUGCUGACUAACUGAUGCUGUUUUCUUCUUUUAAACCAUGAAACAGUUCAUUUCCAGGAGAAAAUUCAACUUCACAGAAAUGCCUUAGAAUUUACAGGAAGGGAUAGUGAAGUGCUACUCCGAUUCAGUGAGUUGACCUCUGACUGGAAUUGUUUUCUUCAUGCACUGCUAAAUGUUGAAAAGAUUUUUGUUAUAUCAAACUACUCUGAACAUAGAUCUAUGAAGCAAAUAAAUAUUUGCAACUUUUAAUGACUAUUUUGUGUCCAAAAUAUUGAAGAAAAACUGAAUGGUGGCUUAUUGAGUCUAACGAACUAUUGCUGCUAAUUUUGGAUUGCUUAGUGUUUAGAAAUCUUUUAGCUGAAGGUCAUUCAAUAUAUCAAGUCUCAUAUGGGGUCAGUUUGUAACUCAUAUUCAACGAUGUCCGUGCAGUCUUGUUUUGUGCAUCAAACAACCUCUCCUCGGUAAAUGUUUGUCUGUGCCAUGAUGCAGGUCUUUGUCUUCUUGAUAGAAAAAAAACCCUACAGCUAUUAAACUUUUAACUUGGUUUGAUUUUGAACUUGUCAUUUUUUUUAAUAAAAAUUUUUUUCACUGUGGUUUGUGUGCUUUUUCUUAAAACAAAGGACCGCUUGAACGUUUAUAUCUUGUCAAAGGGAUAACACUCGAAAUAAGCCAAGAUACACCAGGUCCAGACUCUCUCAUGUUUAUCAAAUGUGGCAGUUUGUAUCAAACCCAGCUAAUUUUGAGGUAAAGCAAAAAGAACAGUCACAAUACAUGAGAAUUUAUUUCUAAAACAGACUUGAAUCUAGAUAAAAAUAUAGGAAAUACGUAAAGAAAAAGUAUAUUACACUGUUCAAGAGGCUGUAUAUGUUUUGAGUAUGUACAAAGUUCAAAAUAUACUGAAUAUGCCCAAAAGUUGUCAAAUGAACAGUCUCUGACUUACAUAAAAUAGACUUUGAACCUUAAUUUACAAUCUUUUAUCAAGACUAAUGGGUGAGAAUAAAAUGGCAAAACUUUUUACCCUGCACUUUUAGGGUGUAACAAAGACUUUUGUUACACUUGCAAGUCAGAGGCAAGGUAAGACAUUCUGUUUUAUGGAUCAUACUCUGAGGCAAUAUCAUAUUUGAAGACUUUUGUGCAUUUUAAUCAAACAAGCUGCAAAAUAAUCCUGUUCCAGGAAAAAUAUUUGUAUUAUGAAAAAGAAAUUUAAAAAAAACCCCAGAAAAAGUCUAGUCAAGACAGACUAGAUGUCAUUUAAAUUUCAGUCAUUUAUAGGCAUUCAUAUUUUCAUGAUAAAGUCAAUUUUCCUUUGCACAUCCCAAAAGUAUCAAACACUGACAGCGACAUAAAAAUGUAGUAUUACUGUCAUUAUAAAAAUGAUUCAGCACAAUGUGCUCAUCUCCCUGUAAGACAAAAACAUGUAAACUUUGUAUGUCUGCAUGAAACAGAACAUUGCGACUCAGAGUAUGUUCAUCAAUACAAGCUUAAUUUCAAAAACAGUUCUGGCUGUGGGCAAUACAAAACACGCAGUGUUUCAACUGCUAUACUGAUGUGCUCCAUGGGCGCACCAACAAA